AUGUCUCUGCUGCCACCCGAGUUGACUUGUCGCCCAAUAUAUACGCUCAAAAUCCCUGGUUCUCACGACUCGGGCGCCUCGUAUUUUCUUAAUGAUAAACUUCCUGUUGCAAAUGAUGAAGAUGUCCCUAUUCAGCAACUAGGAAGAGCAUUUUGUAUAAGACGUGGGAUUAAGCGAUGGGCUGUUUGUCAGAGCUGUUCUAUACGAGACCAACUUGAUCAUGGAAUUCGCUACCUCGACUUACGGGUGUCAAAUCCACCAGUUGGAGUUCGCAAAUCAAAGACAGAUUUCCGUUUAAUUCAUGCUUUGUAUGGUCCAAAGUUACGUGAUGUUUUUCGAGAGAUCCUGGAUUUUCUUACAGUGAAUACUAAAGAGGUGUGUUUCUACCAGUUUUAA